GCUUUAACUCAGCUAGACGUACUGUUUUCUAGUUAUACGUGUCAUUAGAUAAAUGCAUGAACGAUUGUGUAUAGUGUUUAUAUAAAGUUUUCGGUUUCGUGAGCAGCAAUUUCUUUCUGUGGCCCUGUAAUUCAGUUUGUUUCGACUGUGUGGUCAAGUUUCCUAUAUCGUGUAGCAAAUUAAAAAUAAAUAUGGAAGAAGGUGGUUAUGAUGCUUGCGAGUAUGUUUUCUCAUAUGAACGGGCAAUGCGAAGACUCAUAUCUCUACUUCAAAAUUCCCAAGGAUAUUGUACUCCUGAAGAAUGUUUCACUACUUUACCUGGACCUGCAGUAUCUCAAAAUAAUGGAACUGAUGGGACUGUGAUGAUGUUUGCUAUGGGAUGGGUAAUACUAGCUUUAAUAUUAUUUUUCACGAGACCAACUUCUUUGUCCCUAAGAGGUGACAGCAAACCAUCUCAUCAUGAGGAUCCUAGCCAACCACCACCUGAUGGUUCAGUGCAAUAAAGCUUAUAACCAUUUUCAAGAAGUUCUAUAUUUUACUUAUUUGAGUAAAAAGGAAAUUUAAGUGUUUCUUUUCUCAAACUGCAGCAUUUAUCUGCUUUAUUUAAAAAUUGUGAAUUGCACAAAAUGUUUUGUAAUAUCAGAUCUAAUGUAUCACUAAAAUGUUUUCUUAUUUAUUGCACAUGGACUAAUCAUGUUAAAUGGGGACCAUUUAAUCUAACGUAAUUACUAAUAGAAGUUUGUGUGAGAUUAAUUUGUGGGUGUUUAAUAUUUAGAUUUAUUUUAUAUACGAGAUUGCUUGCUUUUUAUGUAUUUUAAAUUAACAGAAAACUGAAAGAUUAAUUUCCUAAUGAUAAGUAAAAUUCUUUGUUUUGGGAAAAUAAAAUUCUCUUGUUGUAUAAUUUGUUUUAUUGCUGUUUUGUUUAUUUAAAUUUAUAUUAUAUUUCAGAAGCAUUUAUGUUGAAAUUGGUUAAGUAUUGUAUUUUUAAAUAUGAAAUUCAAGUGGAAUGUAAUAAACAUGCAAAAGCUUCUUGUGUUUGUUUUUACAUCUCUUCUUAUUAAAGAUUUCUGAUCUGCUGUAUAUAAAACUGCUUAAAUUUAUAUACUCAGUAUUUUAAAAAAUGUAUAGUAGUUCAUGCAAGUAGUUUUUCUUACAUAUUAUAAAAUUCUGAAUUUUAUGCAUUUAAAAAUAUGAAAUGUGUAUUUUACUGUUCAAGCUCUCCAAGAUUUGUUUUAUUAAGAUUUUUAUCUGAGAAUGUUAGAUGUACAUAUAUAUGCAUACAUAUAUAUAUUUGUGUGUAUAGUAUUAUGCUUUAAUUUGACAAAGAAUGGUUCUAAUAAUAUUUGUAGAGUUUGUAAAACAUAUAAAAUAAAAUUGCAUAAAUAUUUUUGUGUAUUUUGAUUCAUGACUAAGGAUAUGUAAUUCAGGAAAGGUGGAUUGUGAUUUGCAUCAUCAAAGAAUUGUCCCUGAACUAUUUUGUGUAUGAUGAAUUUGCUUUCAAAAUACAGUUGAAAACUGAAUUCAAAAAUAUAAAAGUUACAAUUUAAUCCAAAUUUGAUUUCUAAAAAAA